GGUUCUCUUUCUCUCUCUAACUUCCUCUGUUUCUCUCUCUCUCUAGAAUGGCUGAGCCGCAUUCCCCGGCCGCCACUCCUCCUUCUUCCUCAGCUAACCGCGAAGAAGCUGGCGGAGCUGGACCGUCGGAGGAAAUUGCAGCGAAUAACUCUCGAACUGGAUUCCAGUUACCGGACCUCAGUGAUGACUUUGGAAGAGCCAUAUGGGGCAUUGGUCAUGACUCCCCCAUUGUUAGGGAUGAUACCUGGUCCUGCUUCGUUGUCAUCUUCACCUUUUGGUUCUUCGUGUCGGUGACUAUGAUACUGGGGGUUUAUGGGUCGAUGACCAUCGUGCUUGGUCCAGAGUCUUCAAUUGUUUUGCAACCUAGUGCUCUUUUCGUGCAAUAUGUGAAGGUAGAAAACUUAGAGGCAAAGCCAGGACCCAUUCUUUAUGGUACAUAUCGAUAUCCACCUCUUGAUGUUGUUUCCAAUUGGGUACAAACUCGUAAUGUAUCUCUUCCCUCUGACUCACAUAAGGAAUGGAAAUAUUAUCUGAAUAGAGGGUCUGAAGUAAAUAUUUCAUAUCGCUUGAGCUCUGGGAGCUCCUCUAUUUUCCUUGUAAUUGCAGAAGGGGCUGAAGGCCUCUCUGAGUGGCUGCAAGACCCAACAUAUCCUAAUACAACUCUGUCGUGGAAUGUGAUCCAUGGAACUGGUAUGAUUACACAGGAAAUAUUCAAGUCGUCCAGCUAUUAUGUGGCAUUGGGUAAUUUGGAUGAGGAGGUGGAGGUGGAAUUAAACCUCAGAGUAAGGGCAUUAUUGCAUAAUACGACGAAUGCUUACUACAAAUGUGCUUUGACUAGUAGUCCAUGCAGUUUGAGUAUUUUCUUUCCUGAGGGAAAUGCAGCUGUCUUGGUUUCUCCUGGCCCACAACAGAACACAUCCGAUAAUGAGUGGUGUGUCAAACUGUCCUAUGGACCAAGAUGGGUGACAUAUAUUUUUGGCAUAGGUGGAUUGACUUUGCUUAUGUUUUGGGCCUUCAACUUCUUGAACAAGCUUCAGUGUGGUCGGGAAGAUAGAGCAGGAGUUAGAUCUGAUGGGACAGCACCUCAGAGAGCCCCUUUACUUUCUUGCAAAGAUGAUGAUUGGGGAUCAUCAUAUGAUUCCUUACCACAGGAUGAGGAGGACCUUGACUUUCUCACAGGAGGUUCCUUGGACGUGAAGCUUUUAGGUGAUGGGGAAACCAGUAAUAAUACCCGGCGUCUUUGUGCCAUUUGCUUUGAUGCUCCAAGGGACUGCUUCUUCCUUCCAUGCGGGCACUGUGUGGCUUGUUUUGCAUGUGGAAAUAGGAUAGCCGAGGCAGAUGGAACUUGCCCUGUUUGUCGGAGGAACAUGAAGAAGGUGAGGAAGAUUUUUACUGUUUGAUCAGUGCACUGUCUCUAGUGUCACAGAGUAAAUGAAUAGCCACAGAACCAUACAUUGCCUUUUAUGUACUCAUUAUUUUUCCUAGGAAUCAUUAACAAUGAUCUAGUUAAUGGUACCUGCUGGUGAGGUAGAGGGUAGGGUUGUAUUGGCUAUUGCAGCAAAAACCGAGAGGGGUGGGGGUGAGUUGGUAUACUUCAAAUUGGAAUGACCUUGGUGAUUUUACCUUGAC